UCUAUAGAAGCUCGUGGAAGUGCAGAUUUCUUUGCCUAUAUUGUCUCCCAAGUGCAAGAUCAGACAGGACCAAAGCGCCCUGUGAUGCCAAAGGUGAGCUCCACGGGGCACAUGGACAAGAUCUCACGACUGAUGGGGGAGGAGGAGAUCAGAGAGAUGGGGAAGAGGGCAGCUGCUGAAGAUCAGUUGAAGGAAUCCCAGUCGGAAUUCUUCGAUGGGAUCCGCUGGAGGCAGAGGAAUGGUUUCAAUUCCUCAUGAAUCUCCCUUCCCAUUCACCCAACAAUCUCCUCAUGCACCAUCUACCUUCUGCUAGGAUAUUCCAAAAAUUUGUAGCAAUAUGCAUAAUGCAUAUUACUUAUAUAUUUUGCAUGAGCAUACCAUGAGUAAAAUUCAUACAUAAUAUGCAUAUGCACAACAUAUGCUCAGUGAAUAGGGUAACAUCACAAUGAAUCCCACCAAAGCACCAGCAUCCUCUUAUGCCAGACCAGACCAGAACUGGAAAGGAGAAGCUCUGAGAGGACUUUCACCCUGUUUAAUAUUAACCCCUUGAACACACAAUGCAUCUGUAUGCAUCAUGGAGAAACCAUACUACUGAUCCACAUGAUGCUCACAGGGGAAAAGUAUCAAGAGAGGAAGUAAAGUCAGAGAUAAUUGCAUUUAAGUAGAGGAACUAUAACAGGAACAAAAAUUAUUUAAAAGAAACAAAAUUCUGGCAUAUGACAGAUAUGAAGUUCUCCAAUACCUGGUGUGUUCAAGGGGUUACAGAAUAAUGAAUCCUCCUCUCCCCCUCUGAUACCAGCCUUUGGGUCUAUCCCUCUCAGAUAUGAUGUGAUGAACAACUGUUUUGUAUAUUCUGUCAUAUUUUGUUGAAGUUCAAGUUGAUCUUGAAACCCAUCUAGAAUAUCAGCACAAACAAACAUAUAGUUUAUGUUCCUCAAUUUAGCCUCAAAUACAUGUGAUAUCCAAGAAACCACUGUGAUUUAUGUUGUAAAUGUUAGACCCACGUGAUCGUACCUACCAGUACGUGAAUGGUAGCAUAUACCGUCCAUUGUUACAGUAUGGUGCACAAAACCAGUUGGCAUGUAUCCUAGGCGUUAGUUUUGUCGUU